UGUAGUUGAAGUAUUUCUGAAAUUUUCAAGAAAACGGUAGUAAUUUUGAAGAAAAACAACCAAAGACUGAAUUUGAUGUUGAAAGUAGGCCUGAAUUGUCUGGGAGCUUAAACUGAUAUUUCAUCACCCCCUGGGAUGGAAUGGACUAGUCCAACUCACUCUCAGCCAUACAGUGGUGGCCAAGCUAGUAUCACACUAUACUCCCACGAAUGUUACUUUACCUUCAUCAUGCACUGCUACCACACUACUGUGAUCAAUUACCCUCUGCUAGUUCCUUGUCUGACUCUCCCUCUCUCUCUCUCUCGAGCAGUUUUAUAGGAAAGAAAUACUUGGACUUAUGCAUUGCAGAAGAAAUCUUUUUCUAUCUUCAUCGUGCCAUGGAUCAUUUUGAACUUUGAAGGAUGAAAUGCAGCUGUUUCAACUAAAUCUCCUUCCCACCUCAUGAACUUAUUGUGGAAUUAAAAAGAGGGGAAACAUUUCUCAUCAUCUAUAAACAUUACAUGGUAUUAUUACCUUGGAUUUUUUGUCAGAAAAAGGAGUGAGUUUGUAUGAAAUCCUUGUGUGGAGAGUCACCUGAUUUCUACUGGAACAGAUCGACAGUAUUAUAGCAUUUUAGAACAAGAUCUCAAGUAUCUGUGCAGAUUUUUUCCUUAUCACACCUGUGAUAUGGAAUGGUAGCAUUCAUGACAGAAAUCCAUUUGUUUUGAACUCAUUCCGUGACUGCCCAACAUUACCUGCUGGUGGUAUUGAUACAUAUCAAUCACUGAGAGAAGAUUGAAUAUAUGACUGGGAAUGUGACCAUAUCAGAAAGGGAACGGAUGCAUCGAUUUAAAACUUUUAUUACAGCUCAAUUUAUCUGAGAAUUUAGAUCUCAAAUUGAAUUCAUUUUGGGGGUGAUUUUCACUGGAAUAUUAUCCCUCCCUCAUUUCCGCCCAGUACUCCCAGGUGAGAAGCCAUCAACGACAAUAUUUGAAAUCACGUCUUCGGGGUCAUGUUGAAUUGGUAGGGUUCAAGAUACUCCCAAGUGCCGUUUCUGAAGGACACUACGAGUGCGCUGGGUUCGGGAGAAGGGUUGGAGCUUCCGCGUCUAACAACAAGAAUACCAGAGAGGUUUUAUCACCCUGGCAAAUAGAACACCAUGCUCGGCGUGUGAAUAAAUACAUUUUUUUCUCGGAUAUUACAUGAGUGAUGUUAAAUUUGAACGAUUUCUUCAUUUAUCAAAGCAAGGAUAGAUAUCAAUGCAGCCUUGCAGAUUGACUUAUCAAAUAUUCAUCAAGCGUUCUUGAAAUAAAGGAUAUCUGCAAUUGUACUGUGCUUCUUAGUCCACCGUGGGAAGCAUUGACGUAGGUGCUUCAUGAUUCAUUAAUAUCAUUUAGUACAGGUCUCUUCACAAUGCCAUGCUAUCCUUGUACAGCUCUAGACAAUCACCUGGAAAGACCUUGUUAGAUUAGCGCACUGGGAUUUAUCACCCUACCAAAAGAUAAAUAGAGGAAAGUUGACAGCAUCACAAAUCAUUCCCGGGUAACACUCCGAUCUUUAAAGAAGCAAAAGUGAGUGAAUAUGGAAUGGGAGAUAAAGAACUGAGAGAAAAGUCAAUAUCGUUGCUGUCAUGUAAACCCGUUUGUCUGAUCACCCCUGGAAGGAAGGGAUGAAAUAGUUUGCACUACGUGUGUGCCAAUGAGUCUACAUAUUUGUUUGCGAACGAUGCCUGGAGGAAUUUAUGAAUUUUAACGUGUUUAUACCCAUGUGUGGUGAAAAGGAUUUGAAGAAUUCAAACAAGUUACCGGGAGAUGAACAUAUUACUACUGAUAUAAGUAGAAGGAAACCUGCAAAGUUUGGCUUACUGUGCCUCAUCGUCUAGUAUGUGACAGAUCGUUGUUGUACCAAUAUCAAGCAGUUCUGAUAUUUGUAUGUGUGAUUACAAAAACAGAAUGUAACAUUGAUGAAAAAAGAAGCUUAUAUUUUGGUUUGGAUCUCAUUUAAGCAACUUUAUUUGCUAACAUUUUGAUCAAGGAAAAUAGCAAAGAGGAAUAGUUAACAAUGACGACUGUUGGGUAUGCAGAUCCUGCAAUCCUGCAGUUUGCCAACGGGACACUUGUAACAGUGUCUCCGCUUGUCAGCAUCUUGACGAAGAUUCUGCCAGGCCUGGUAGCUGUUUUUUGCACCGUUGGACUGCUGUGUAAUGGAUUCAUCAUUUUACUUCUUCUGACGUACUCCAACAUGAAAACUCUGGCCAAUACUUUCAUCUUUAACCUGGCCUUGGCAGAUUUCUUCUUCAUGUUUACGUUUCCUUUCCUUGGCCAUCAGAUGUGGCGGAGUGAGUGGAUAUUCGGUCGCGUCAUGUGCAAAAUUCUUAUUCCGUAUGAUACCAUGACGCAGUUCACCGUCGUCUUUUUUCUUGUCGUCAUGGGCUUCGAUCGCUACUUGGCCAUUUGCCACCCUAUCAGGUCGAUGCACUAUCGGACAAUUUUCAACGGUCGUGUGGUCAGUGUGGGGGUCUGGAUCUGUUCGUUCUUGGUGUCUUUACCCGUUUGGAUCUACACCGAUCAGAUCACAUAUAUUGGGAACGGCCAAAAGGUGCACCUGUGCUUGGCGCUUGCAACGAAGCAAGAUGAGGAUGUCAACAAUUUUAACUGGUGGAUAAUCUACACACUCUUUUUUGACUUUUGCGCACCUCUGACUGUAAUCUUUAUUUGCUACUUUCUCAUCAUCUGGAGCUUACGGCAUAGUCCCCUGCAGGACAUCCGUAACACUUCACGACGCGCUAGUCGCAAAGUCGCCGUCUUGGUCAUCUGCAUCGUCUUUGUCUUUGUAUCCUGUUUCCUACCAUUCUUUAUCGUCCAGUUCAUCCAGAGUCAAUUGGAUCCGUCACAGUUCACAGAUUCUCUCCUACUUGCUUAUAUCAUCAGCUGGUUUCUCAUGUACAGUCAUAGUAUCAUCAAUCCCGUCGUCUACACCAUGCUCGGGGAGAACUUUCGCCAGAACCUCCCCCGUCUCUGCCGGAGCAUUUUUCGACGGAAAAAGCUUAACAGCCGCCAGAGCAGCAUGCGCACGUCUAGCAUGUACCUUCGUCGAUCCCGCAGCUCCAUAAAGUCGUGUAACAGUAGUACGGAUGGUAUGGGGCGUAUCCAUACCAAUGGUUACCUUAGUAUCAGUCCGAAGAUAGCUAUUACACAUCUACCAAAGCGCUUACCUCCUGAAGAUCCAGUGUGAUCGAACAAAGCUCUGCUUGCAUGGGAGAGUCAUCUCAAAAUAUCUUCACCUCGAGAAAAAUCAAACUAUUGCCGAGAAAUGCAUGCCUAUGAACUGUACAGUGGUUGUUUUCAAGUAUUGGAGAUAACGUUUAGGUGAUGGUUAUGUUUGGUGUGACAAAAGAAUUUGAAAUGUAUUCAUUAAUUUUGCCUUUGCUCUCAAUGUAUUCAUACCUCUGAUCAACUGUGGUAAUGGUGUUUGGUGUGCAAUUUUAUUACAUUCACUUUACAAAUUCAAUCUAUCAGAAUAUAUUGUAAAAAAAUAUUGUUAGGUUUUGGGACACAUGUGACAGAUUUUGAAGAUAAUCAAACCCAAUACAUUGACUGACCCUAUGUAACUUAAAAUGUGAUAUAUUUUACCUGUAGAAAUAUAUUUGUAGCCAGUGUUCACGGCAGCUGCAGCUGUUCAUGACCAAGGAGUGGCAAACAAUUCAUAAAUCAUGCAUGUUUGACAUUUUCUUCAAUAUGAAUGAAAUAUUAAUAGCCUAGUUCCUCAAACAUUAUCAAUUAUUAAUCCUUGACAUCACACGUUUAAGCCACGUUGGGCCUAUUACUGAUAUUUCAUUGAACCCACUUAAGUUUAGCAAACUCAAUUGGUAAUGUAGAAGAACACAUUUGCCUAUUCAUUUGAAAAUUUAUCUAACAUAUAACUAAUAUACUUCUCUCAGUUGAAUCGUAAAAAACAUGUCACUUUUUUAUAAUGCACGGUUAUGUGAGUUUCGGUUUAGUUGAUUAUUUAUGUUAAAGAAUAAUAUUCUAAUAUGACAAAGAUUGCAUCAUUUAAUUCUAUUCUUCUCUACACACCACUUCAUAUAACCUUUUUCUGAUAACCCUUAAAACAUCUAUCUGUCUAAAAUAUAUAUACUAAUGUCCUUUGGCAAGAAUUUAAUCUUCAUUUGCCUCUCGAUCUCCACUUAGGUGUGAAAUGGGUACUAUGCAGUAGGAAGGAAUUCCUUGUAUGUUGUGAGCACCGAUGCAGUAGCCUAGCCUAGCCUAGCCGGCAUUAUAUUGGAGCACCUCGAGCACCUUGUGUGUUUUGGAUAUGUGUGCUAUAAAAAUAUCAAAUUUAUUAUAAUUUUAUUCUUGCAAAUAGAGCUCUAAGAAGAUGAUGUUAACUGGGUAUAAUGUGUAGAGCCAAGGAAUUGUGUAUAAUUAAUUCAUCAGCAAAACUUGUAAAAUAUACUAGAACGCUAAUGAGUCAGCUACGAACCUGUGGGAGUGGGUAAAUGGUACAGAUGGAUGAUUAGUUGAAGAAUCAUAUUGACACAAGAAUCCCAAUGAUUGAUAGAAUCAUGAAAGGAUCGAGUGGACUAAAUUGCUUGGGGCAGUACAUGGUCCCCUUUCUCUUGACGAGAGCUAUCAAUUUUUAAGUACCAAUAAUGAGAGCUGAAGCAUUCCCCCACACACCUUUAAGAUAGAUCCAUGUAUUGUUUCUGCAUAUCAUGGAUACUGUGAAACAAGAGACUAUUCACUCAUGAAAUGUUUGCAAGUAUUUGACAAGUGGUUUAAGAUUCACAAAAGUUAUAUGCCAUAAAUCAAUCUAAUUUCCACUGAUACCACAACUGUUUGUUCGCUGUUGUUUCUAGUUUUGCACUUUGACUUUUUGCAAUGUGAAAAAUGAGAGCGCAUACCAUGAAUCAACCUCAGUUACUUGAAUUAGAACUGUUUAUUUUGUCGCCGCUUUCAUCCCACAAGGCUGCUCGCUUUUUUGCUAAGUAGAUUUAAUUGUGACAUUUAGAAAACCAACAUUGCACUAAUGAAAUGCUUUUAAAAAUGCAUAUAUGUCAUCUUCACUCAACUUGAGUUCAAAUGGAAUAGAGACGAGAUGAAAUGUUUUCUUGAAUGUGCGGUCAUUUAAGCUGUAAUUAAGGGCAAUAUAGGGGGGGCUCUUUUUUGCAUUUGUUAAGGAUGCUUAUUUCAUCCAAUUGAUAUUCUGUAUAUAGUGAAGAUUAACCUUAUCGAGACAAAGCAUUCAUGCAAAGGCGGGUGCUAUACGUCUUUCAAAUUUGUAUGAUCCAACCCACUCCCAUUUAAGAUAGUAGUUUAAAUCCUAUUUUGGUAUAUGCAUGUGUCCAAUAAAGGUUUAUAGUCAGUAUCAAAGUAUGCCAUUCAUGUCAGUAAGGACUGCUCCAUAUCUAGAUAAUACUUGAAUGGGAAAAUAUCAUUUUCUUUCUGGUACACGGUAGACAGCUUCUGGCUUUUUUUUUUAAGAAAAAAAAUACUGUUGAAGAAAAACUAAUUCCCAAAUUUUAUCCUUGAGAGCAAUAUUUGUAAGAAAAAAUAUUGACAAGAAAUUGAAUUACAAUCAAAAUCCAAAUCCAAAUUUUGUUUUGUAGUCUCUCUUUCUCUUUUUCUAAGAAGAAUCCUGAUGAAUGAAAUUGUCGGUUCAGGUGUAUGUCAGGUACUUACCAAGACAUGAUAGUGAGGAAACAAGAUUUACAAACAACCUUUGAAGUUUCCCUUUUGGUAAUGAAAUGUCAAAACAAAAAUAAUUGUGUAUUGUCAAUUUUAAACCUGUCAUUAACCAUAGACACAAGGUUUUUUCCCCCUUCAAUCAAAUCUUAUUCAUAUUUUGAACGAAGUGUUCAUGACAUAUUACUGUUACAAAUUAAAGCAGCAAUGAAAAGAAAAAUAAUUUGGACCAUCAUUUUGAGAGCGUCAACCCUGUGCAAGAGAUACUAUGGCAAUAGAGUUCUACAUAUGAACCCGGACUGCUUUUUUAAUAUCUCAUCUUUGCUGAACAAUGGGGGUUAAUCAAUGAAUAGUUGCCAUGGUUAUUUGCAUCUUUUCACUCAUUUCUCUUUGUAAGAUUUCUGAAAUAUAUUCAACAAUAAAUUUUGCUUGUUGCUGCGUUAAAUUUUUUUGAGGAACAUUGAAUUAUGAUUUUACCACAACUGCGUCAUACUUGACUUGUGACAUUUUAGUGUUGAUGGCUAAUUUGAGAAGUAAUAUUGAUGAAUGACUACCAAAGGUCAGUCUUUAGUUUGCUCUAAAUACAAGCCCUGAUUCAUUAGCCUGCACUAAUUUAUUAUUAUUCACUUCAUUCUGGGAUUUUCUUUAAUAAUGUAAGAUGCUACAUUGAUAUUUGAGACAUAAGUUGGGAGACAGUUAUGGUAAUGGUAAUAAUACGUAGUAGUACAGAUUUAUGAUGGAUUAUGCUAAAUUAUUUAAUAAAAUAAUAAGAAGUAUGUAAAAUGUUAGAAAAUGUACUGGUGUAGUUUCAUUUAUCUGUGUUCUGAGAAGGAAAAUCAGCCAUAAUCCUUGUUUUUUCUUCAUAAAUGUCUUUUAGCUAUUUUCAUGGUGAAUGCUGUUGAUAUUAUUAUUAUUUUUCUAUUGUUGUUUACAUCAGGGUGAUAUACUUGAAUCAAGAUACAAUUCCUACUCCUCAGUGUGGUUUGUAGAGAUAUGUCAAGGAUUCCUCAUAACUGGAAUUUGGGGCAACUUUUACCUUUCAUAUGUGAAGUGCGAAUUUGUCUCGGCUGGUAUUUGGGGGAGUCCCAUUGUAUAAUCAGACCAAAGCACUUGUAAGAUACCAUGAAUAUUCCACAGCAAAAACAAAGUACUUAUCGUCUCCCGUCCCAAACUCAAGAUUUAAUGCUUUUAUGAAAUCAAUGAAAACUGACCUUACACAGACGAAACGU